UCAUGUGCAGCAGGGCCGCCAUGAUCACCGCCGCGGACGAUCAGCUGCAGCAGGGCUCGGAAUCCGGCGUCGCCGCCGCCGCCGCCGCUGCCGCAGCCGCCGACUCGUCGCAGCAGGCCAACCUCAACCGGUACCGGUUACAUCUGUACAAUUACGCGCUGCAGGCCGAACGGUUGCGGUUGUCCGGUGGAUGGGGCGCCGUGUGCCCGGUCUAUCCGGCAGCGGCCGCGGCCAUCUACCAGCCGCGGUUUCCGGUCGCGCUGUUCCAUCCCAACAGCGGCAGCGCGGGCGGCGGACUGCAGGCGGCCGACGAGCCGAAGCCGCAGCACAGCUACAUCGGACUGAUCGCCAUGGCCAUACUCGGAUCGACCGAGGGCAAGCUCGUGCUGUCCGACAUCUACCAGUACAUACUGGACAACUACCCGUACUUCCGGACCCGGGGCCCGGGAUGGCGCAACUCGAUCCGGCACAACCUGUCGCUCAACGACUGUUUCGUCAAGGCCGGCCGGUCGGCCAACGGCAAGGGCCACUAUUGGGCCAUACACCCGGCCAACGUGGACGACUUCAAGAAGGGCGACUUCAGGCGCCGGAAGGCGCAGCGCAAGGUCCGCCGGCACAUGGGCCUGGCCGUGGACGACGACGGCAACGACUCGCCCAGUCCGCCUCCGCCGCCGCCGCCACCGCCGCCGUCGAUGCAGCAGCAGCACCACCACAUGCACCAUCACGUGCAACACCACCACCAGCAGUCGCAACAUUUGCACCACCAGCACCAGCAGCAGAGGUCACCGCCGGCGUUGUGGCAGUCCGCAGCCGGUCACCCGCAUCAUCCGUUCUACUUCCAACCCGUCGUCCCGCAACCGGCCACGGCCGUCUUGCAGCAACAACAGCAACAGCUGCAGCAACAGUCCGCGGCGCUCUUGGUGCCGGCCAGGGCGCAGAAACGGCAGUUCGACGUCGCGUCCCUGCUGGCGCCGGAUCCGCCGAAACGCAUGUUGCAACAGUUGCACCGGGACGAUCCGAUGGCCGCGUUGACCGCUACCGCGGGUAACAAUAAUGCGGCCACCGCGAGUAGCGACGACGACGACGAGACGAUGACGUGCGGCGGCCGGAACGGCGGCGGCGGCGGUAGCGGCGUCUGGGAACCGGCGGGCCUGCUGCAGCGGUACUACGAGCAGCAGCUGCAGGCCGCGCACCGGUUGCACGCGUUCCGCCAGUCGUUGGGCCUGCAGAGGAUGAUCGGAGGCGGCCCGUGGCCCGCCGUCAUCGUGCAAGACCGCAACCAGACGCCCACGCCGCCCUCGCUGCAGCCGUACACCGAGGCCACUACCCCGACGCCCGACGACACCGUCUGCAAAACCGAACUAGUCGACUGAGGUAAACGCGACCGUUUUCCGAUUUUUUAUUAUAUAAUAAUAUUAUACGAUGUAUCGUUUUUUACUAUACACAACUACCUUCGUUUCGUUAUGGACUCACCCGCGUCAACGUUGUCGAGUGCGAUACGGCGAUAUAUUAAAAAAAAGAAAAUCCCGUUUUCGGUUAGUUGCCUCUGAAAGUGUAUAAUAUAUAAUAUAAAAGAUCACUGUAAUCGUUUCCUAUUUAUUCCCGUCAAAUGUGAAUGAUUCGAAAUUCGACUGCCGUGCACGACAAUUUAUACACAUAGUAUAAGUACUUAUGCAUAUGAACAGUAUAGGCCCGUUACGCUUAACAUUUUUCCCAUGAGUCAUUAUCGUUCAACCCGUAAAACGUUUACUAAAUUAUAUAAUUUGUUCACGGUGUUCGUUCUACUCGAUCGUUUUUCUCCCAGUUUAAUAUAUAAUACGUAUAUUAUGUAUAUUUAUAGAUAGCGUAUAUAGAUGCGACAAAAUAUAAUUUAAUAUUGUUAUUUUUGCCGAGGUAUGUUACAUGUACAGUAGUCCGUUUGGGUAAGUAAGAUUAUUAUUACCUGCGAUACGUGCGAUUUUAUUUUAUAUUAUUUUUCGACAAUCGUUACAUUACUGAAUUAUAAUAUUACUAUAUAAACAUCAUAUGUUUUAAAGUUAUGGAGUGUUUUACUAAUUAUGCACAUCGUACUUAUGUGAUUUUAUUUUAUUAUUCAAUUGAAACCGUAGAUUACUCUUUACAGAAUAAUAUGGUAAUUUACUUAUUCAUACUCAAUGGCUUAAUUAGUGUUUUUUUUUUAAUGGAACAAGCACUCGCCCAAACGGUCUACACAAAUAAUCGCGGUGUGCAAAACUAUAUAAUUGCCCGACAUUAUUAUAUGACUAUUAAUAUGUUUAACCCUUUUGGGAAAAGUUAUUAUUUAUAUUGUGUUAAACGAUUUUUAGAUUAUCGAUAAUAUAGAGAAAUGUUUUUGAAUUGCAAUUAUGUUACACAUAUAGUACUCGUAUAAAUGUUUUUUCUUAUCCUUGUAAAUCAUGUAUAAAGUUAUAGUAUAAUAUAUUGUGAAAAACGAAUAAA